AGCGCGCAAUGGCGGUAGGAUCAGGGUUCAGAACGCGUGUGUAGCUAGGUAGGUAGCGCUGUAGCAGGAAGGUGGCGCCUGCGAUGCGCGCCCCUGGCAUGCGGUGCCAUGUCCGGCGAAGUAGAGGUGGCGGGGCCACAUGCCCCGGGGCCCUUUCCUUCCCCCUUUCACGAAAGCGGGCAGGGCGAUGACCAGAACAGCUUUUUACCCGCCCAAUCAGACGCAGGAGUUGCACCCACAGGAGUGGAGAAGACGGAAGCCUCGAAUGGGGCGACCGGUGCGCAGAAUGAUGGUAAUGGUGGGGGCGAAGGGGCAGCUGGAUUGGACCCCCUCGAUGCUGCGGUGGCUCCGCCCGGCAGUUCAGGGGGCGGCGAACCGCUCAUCGAAGCGCCGUCCGAGAUGCGCGAGGACCCCCCCGGGAAUGCCGCAUCGGUGGCAUCGGGUCCUGGCCCAGGGGAACAGCAGCCCAGCACAAUGAUCCCAAUUGGCGCAAUGGGGCCUCCGGGUGCGCCCGGCAUGCUCGUUCCCCGGCCCCCAAUGCACCAGGGCAUGCCCGCACCAAUGCAGAUUUUGGGUCCGGGGAGGGGGGCGAUGCGGCCGCCCGGGCCUGUUUCUCUUCCGGGAGGGGUCAGGCCGGUUCUGGUGAAAGGGGCUUCAGCAGGGAGGGGAUUGGGACCAGGGCCGAGGGGGCCGGGCCCGCCACUUGUGCGAGGGGGGCCUCCGCCUGGGGGGGGCGUUCCGGGGGUGGGCCGGGGAAUGCCAGCAGGUGCGGCGGGGAGGGGGGAGGCGCCUCAGGGGAUGAGGCCGCAGGCGCCGGGAGGGGGCAGGGGGCAGCCAGGUGCGCCUGCUGCUGGACGUGGCGCCCCACCGGGCUCCAAGGCCCCCGCCCCGCUGGCGCAGGGGGUCCCCAUGGGGACCCAGGGCCAGUUCAUCCAACCCCCCCACGGCUAUAUGCAACCAUACCCCCACGUUUACCACUACCCUGGGCCCGUCAUGCAUCCCUCACACUUUCAGGGGGGGCCGCCUUCUUCCCACAUGCUGCCCCCCCCUCCCAUCCAAUUAUCCCCCGGGGGAAAACAUGUGGGUUCGCAGCCAUCUCCUGGGGGCCCCCAAAAAGGUGCCUCCAAGCAGGGGGCUGCUGGGGACAAGGCAGGUGCGGGGGUGCGCGGCGGGGGGGCACUUCAGGCGGUGGCGAUUGCGCCUGCGCCAGCCCCCCCUCAGGUGGUGCGCCCCGCGCCGCCCCCCCGCUAUACCAACCAGGGGAAGAAGCCGCUCGGGCGGCCGCCGAAGCAGGGGGGUGCGGCGCAGGCGCGGUUAGCUCCCAAGGGGGCGCAACGGUUGGUCCAGUCCGGAGGGGGAGUGGGGAAGCAGGUGGCGGUGACGGGGCAGGCAAAGGGCGGGGCGCCCCCCCCAGCAGCAGGGAAGCCUGGGGCGAGCGCCCUGGGGGCCCCUCCUGGGGGGCGCGCUCCGAGCCCGAGCAAUAGCGGGGGAAAGGGAGGGCCGGCGCGGAAGAUCUCGUGCGAGGACAUUCAGCUGGUGCAGAACUUGAUCGAGCGGUGCUUGCAGCUGUACAUGAACCAGCGCGAGGUCAUCCAGACGCUCAGCUUCCAGGCCAAGAUCGAACCGGGGUUUACGAGCCUAGUGUGGCAGAAGCUGGAGGAGCAGAACCCCGCGUUCUUCGCGGGGUACUACGUGCGGCUGAAGGUGAAGGAGCAGAUCACGCUGUUCAACCACCUGCUGGACCAGCACGUGCACCUCAUGCACAAGCUGCGCAACUACGCGCCGCACACCCACAAGCAGCCGCACCCGCUCCCGCCACCCCCGCACCUGCAUCCCAUGGGUCCUCCUCCCCCAUACGGUGUCCCCAUGCCCCGGCCCCCUGCCCCAGGGAUGCCCCUCCACCCCGGUAUGCCCGGCCUGCAUCCCCCGGGCAUGCUCAACGGGGGCGCGCACAUGGCCAUGGGCCCUCCCCCAGGGCCACCCGGGCCGUUUGCUCCGCAUCCAGGCGGACCGCCAGGGAGCAUGGCCCUGGGCAGCCCCCUCCAAUCCUCGGGCAGCCCUCUUCCCCCCGGUCUGGGCCCCGGGUCUUCCCCCGGGGGGAUCCCCCCGAGCAGCUCCGACGCCACGCCCGCGUUCGAGCCGUUUGCCGCCAUCAACAUGGGCGGGCCCCCCGACAUGCCCAUGGAGGCCAGCUUUAUGAGCCCCGAAGCACACCCGCCGGUUCAUCAUGAGGAGCCGCACUCUGCGGAGGGCGGCGCGCUCACGCCGGGGGACACCGGCAUCGGGAUGAAGCCCAGCGAGAGCCUCGGGGCGCUGGGGCACCUGCCGCGGAACUUCAGCUUGAGCGAUCUCACGGGAGCGGCGGAGCUGGGGGGAAACAACCUGUCCGCCAACGACGGCCAGCUGGGCCUAUUGGGCAGCCUGUCCGGGUCGCCGCUCGUGUUCAGCCCCGACUCUGCGGAGGCCUUCCUGCGGUCACCCGACAGGAACCUCGACGCAGACUUUGCAGGCGAUGACCCGCUGCUCGAGGACGGGACACCUACGGACGAUCCCCUCGACUUCGACAAGCUGAGGUGAGGGCGGAGAAGGCCCACAGCGGAACCUGUGGGCGAAGGGUGGGGGAAUAGCGGGUACAGUGGAGGUGGGAAAUAAUACCCUAAUCUUGUACAAUGGAGCUCUACAUAAAGACCGAUAGAUGUUCAUGUUGUUACGGAUGCGAGUAUCUCGUGACCAUGUUCUAUACAUACUGGAAUCCUGAAUUCAAACCCUGCGUAUCUGUCGCCCUGCGCUUUCAAGUGCCAGC